GGAGGAGGAAAAGUCAUAUUUCGAACAUUGGCUUCUCCCCAGCUGACGAUCUUUUAGGCAUCCAACUCUUCGAACGCCCGCGGGAAAAGCGAACAUUCUAAGAGUUGCAGCGUUCCCUGCUUGGAACGUUGCUGUUCCCAGGAUCAGGGCUUCGAGGGGUUUGGUGCAGGACCUCCGCGGCGCUCCCCCCACUUUUCAAUCCCCCGCCCACAGCUCGCAAGUUUAUCCAGGGCAAGGGUUUUUCCCCCCCCCUCAACUUGAACGCUCGCUGCCACCUCUUUCAGUCUCUCCUGUUCCCUCAUUUCGUGCGCCUGUCGAUUUAUUUCUUGGGACGUGUGUUGGGCGUCCCCCGGUGUAUCUUUGUCCCUUGUGGGGAAUGUGGAAAUGGCCGGUGACAACAGUUCUCCUGGAGUCUUCUUGUGUUGGCGACGCUUCGAGCUCUUACUGCUAGCGACAGCGGCCACCGGACUAUGCAGCGGGGUCUCUGGAGUCAAGAAUCCCAGCUGCCACGAAGUAAGGACGGCGUUUCAGAUGCGGCAGAUCGGUCCCAUCAAGCUGGUUCCCGAUGUGCCCACAACAGAUUCCAGUUUACAGAUUUGCCAACACAAAUCACCAACAUGUUGCACUAAGAAAAUGGAAGAAAAUUAUCAAGCAGCUGUUAGAAGAGAAAGAAUAGAGAACACUCAGACUCUAAAUUUUGAACUGAAAUAUAUGAUUGUUGGUCACAUUACAGCUUUUCAAGCAGCCUUUGAGUCCCUGCUUCGUUUUGCUGAGAAUCACACCGCUUCUCUCUUUGAGACUGUCUACAGAUCCAUGUCGAAAGAGGCAGCUGAGCCUGUGAAAGAACUUUUUACAGACCUCUCUCUCUACCUCUUGGGUGCUCAAAACAGAGUGGAAAAAGCGUUUUUCCGGUUCUUCGACAGCAUCUUCCCUUUGGUUUAUACCCGCUUGAUAAACCCUGGCAUGACGGACUUGUCAGAAGAAUAUAUGGAAUGCCUGCGACAAACACGACAAGACAUAAAUCCAUUUGGGCGCUAUUCCAAAGAAGCUGUUAUGGAGCUAGCAAAGUCUCUGAGGGCAAGCAGAACAUUCAACCAGGCCCUGGGAAUGGGUGUUGAAGUGCUGAAUGCCACUGAACAUGCUGUUUUGACCAAAGAAUGUAUCCGAGGCCUUGUGAAAAUGCAGUAUUGUCCUCACUGCCAAGGUCUGACCCUCAUCAGGCCCUGUGAAGGGUAUUGUCUAAAUGUGAUGAGAGGUUGUUUUGCCAGUGUAUCUGAGCUGGACAUUCAUUGGAGGGAAUAUAUCUAUACCCUGGAAUACCUCACCAAUGAAAUGGCUGUAACUCAUGAUCUAGAACUGGCACUGUUGGGUAUUCGGUACUCAAUCAAUGAGGCCAUUUUACAUGCACAACUUAAUGGACCCCAGCUAUCAGCGACUGUAGAUAAAGUAUGUGGACAUCCUGAAGAAAAAGAAGUGAAAUCUUUGCCAGACAGCAUAAUUCAAGCAAAGGAAAUAGAGAGACCACCUCUAACAAUGGCCCACUCAAUAACUAUUAACAAUAAAAGGAGUUCUCUGCCUCUGAAAUCUUCAAAGAAUGACAAAUCCAGAAGUUUGAAAAAAAUGUCUCGGGAAUUUAUCAGUUAUAUGAAACGAUCCAGAACUUUUUAUGCAUCUUUGACAGAAAGGCUUUGUGAUGGUGAUCUCGUGAUGAAAGACAGCUCAACUUGCUGGAAUGGCCAAGAUGUGGUAGAAAGUUAUAAAAACAGAGUGGUUACAAAUGGAUUGAAAGCCCAAAUGAAUAAUCCAGAGCUGAUAGUCAGAGGGUUGGAUCCACAGAUAGGACAUUUAAUUGACAAGUUGAAACAUUUUAAUCAGGUGGCAGCCCAAAAAACAAGUUUACAGUCUGAAAGUUGGAUUGACAGGGAAGGCAGCAGUGGGAAUGGAAUGAGCAAAGAGACAGAAUCCAGUGGAGACUGUGAUGAUGAAGAUGGAUGCCAAGGAUCAGGUGAUAAAAGCUACACAAAAGAUGUUUUUAGUGUGAAAUCAGGAGACAGAAAUGAAACCAUACUAAUAAUGGAAAAGACGGACACCACAUCCACAGCCACAAUAAAAACAUUUUCCAUUUAUAAAGGGGACAGAAAUCUGGGUACUCAAGCAUCAAUGUCUUGGUUCUUUAAAAUUGCCAGCCUUGCAGUUUGGUGGCAUUUUGUGUCAUAGCUGUAUUAUACUGCAGUAACUAUGCAAUUUCUGUGCACCAUCAUAUAUACCUUCAGCCUUAUCCAAGUGAAAUCAAACUUAAAUUGGUCUCCUAAUUCUAUGCUCUAAUAUUAUGUGGUAUGUUAGUUUAAGUGCUAAGUAUUAGUCUGGGACUGGCCACCAGCAAGCAUCAAUUUAUACACAUUGCGUCCACUGUAUGGAGGUUUUUUGGGUUUGUUUGUUUCUUUGUUUUGGUAACAUCUCAACUACUCAAAAUAGAAAAAGGAUGAAGACAGAAGAUUUAAAUAGGUUAAGUUAUUGUGAUAGGUACAGUUAAGAAUGUCCUAAAGUUAUACAUUAAUAUGUUGGCAUUUUUUCUCUUUUACUUGUCAGAUAUUGGACUGUUGUCUUCUUGAUCUUCUAUGUUCCUUUAAAUAAUUGGAUUUCAUUUUACAUGCCAAUAAUUUAUAUCUAUAGGGAUCUAUGAAUGUUAUAAACAAAAUUGUAGUAUGAUCAAAUUCUGGUCAAGGCAUCAUACCAUGCUUGAAUUUCUUUAUUUCUUUUCAUUAGAUUGUAGAAAGCAUAUGGUGUAUUUAAUGUAUUAUUGUACUGUAGUUCUUUUAACAAUUCAGCAAUAAAUAGAACUACUUCCCAAUUUUUUAAAAACCCUACAGAAUAGUUUCCCUGCUCAUGUAUUUCUUUAUUAUUUACCUACAAUUUUGUGAUGUUGCAAAUACUUGGUGAAUUAAAAAGAGAGGAGACUCUUACAUGACCAUAGCAAAAAUGGUUAUUGUCUUGAUGUUGUAUAGCUAGAAUGAGGAACCAAUACCUGUGCUAUAAUCUUCUAUACUGUAAUAUUAGCCAGCAUGAUUAGCAAGAAAGGAUGCUGAGAACCGCUGUUAAGAAACAUCUCUAUGGCCACAGAUUCUUCAUCUGAUCUAUUGCCUAUAUUGUAUUUUUAAAAAAGCUCUGAUGCAGGUUUCUCAUCAGGUACAUCUGGAUGGACAAUCAGUGGUAGCAUGCAGCUGUCAUAACUUGAUGCAGUUAUUUGACUUCCUUCCUCAGUCAAUAACAAAGUUCAGUGGUGUAAUUUGUCACCAAAAUUUGGUGGAACCAUUUGACUGUCCUUCAGCAUAAACUCAUCCAUUGAAAAAUUAUCUACUGCAGGUCGUUAAAGUUAAGUUUAAAAAUAAGAAAUUUCUUUCUAUCUCAACUGCAUUUUGUAACUGCCCAUUGCCUUACCAUCCAAGUGCAAUAUGUUCUCAACUUGAAAAGGAUUGCUCAAGUAAAUAGAACAGCUUUCUGCAAAACAUCAAUUCAGAUCUCUGGAAAUAAGUACUUGUACAUUCCCUGCUAUUGGUUGCUUGGAUGAGAAAGAAAAGAUGGGCAGAAAGAGAAAAGAAUGUGAGAAAUGGGGGGGGGAGAGAAACAGAUAUGCCAUAAAAGGGAAUCCUUACUUGUUUGAGGGUUCUGGCUCCACCCAUCAAUUACCCUUUGACAUCACAUUAUAAGACAAACAAAAGAAAAGAAAUGGAAUUAAUCAGUGGUGGGAUUCAGCCAGUUCGCGCCCCUUCGGGAGAACCAGUUGUUAACUUUCUGAGCAGUUUGGUGAACUGGUUGUUGGAAGAAAUCAUUAAGGCAGAGAACCAGUUGUUAAAUUAUUUGAAUUCCAUCACUGCAAUUAAUCCAUUCCUUAAUGCCCCUCACAAAUAAAUGAUUGGGUUUAUUAGGAUUUAUAUGCCAGCAAACUCACUGUUUUAUGGAUGUUUGCAGAAUCCCCCCUUUUAUACAUUUUUAUGUAUACUACAUGGAAUGUGACCCAAAAGAUACACUUUCUUUGCUGCUACUAGCACAAUCAUUUUCAUCAAACUACCAGGGAAAAUUUACCUCUUUUAUCCUGAAAAAUAAUUUUAAAAAAUCUGCAGCUUCUGUUUAUGAUGAUACGCUAUGAGAUAAAAAUAUGAAAGAAAUGUCAAUUUAUAAUGAUACCUUCUGUUAUUUAAUAUUUACACUCUAAUACUUAUUUUGAAGAGUAUUUUCCAUGUUUUUUAUAAAUGGUCUUUUUACACUUUCAAGAAAAUUAAUGUGUUUCAUAGUAUGGUAAGAAAUUACAAUCCUAUUAUUAAUUAGAUGGAAGAAGGCUAAUUUGAGUAAUUUUACUUCAAUCCCAAAAUCUACAUACUGCAACCUCAGCAGAACUAACCUUUACAAAGAAUCCCAUUUAUAUUUACUGAAAAUGCCAAUAACUCAUAUCACUAGAAAGCUGUUUCCAUGGUAAAAGUAAUUUCUGUGUACAGUUUUAAAUGGUAUAAUGUAAAAUAUUUGCUUUUGAUUUACAUGUAUGAUAUGCAUGUGUACAAAAAUUACUGCAACCAUUUGAUUUGCAUAAAAUGUGUAUUCAGUCUAGUAUACCAAUCCUAGGUAUUAUCUGAUACGUUUAGGACAAAAACAUAAAGUACAACAGGAUGGGCAACCCUUGUUGCUGUUGGAGUUCUAAUGUGCACAUCCUUUUUUGUAUAAUGUUUUCUUUUAUUUGCUUUUAAUAGUUUUCUUAUAUACCUUACAGAGCAGGAUAGAGCACUGCUUUUAAUGACUGAUGGGCUAUUUUCAGACGACUUUGCUCUCUUAGUUUAAAAUUAAGUUACAAUCCAGCUAAAUCAAACACUUUGUCCCAUUGAAUAGAGCAAAACAUUUAAUAAUAUAAAAUCUGUUCCAUUCAAAAGAAAUUUAAGAAUGCUCAAUUGCUGAUGAAAUUGCACAAUAAAGUUUUAAUUCUCAUAGAGAUGAAUGACAGAUAUGAGACAACACAUGCCAUAAUCUUAAAAGGCAGAAGCUGUUUUUUUAAAAAAAAUUCCAUAGUCAUCAAGCCCUUCUGUCUGCAAAAAAGUAAUUUUAUCUUAGUGCAUGGAGUAAUGAUAUCUUGAUGAGAGAAAAUGAAUGGAAACUGAUGAGAACAAGAUGCUCUCUUAUAAUUAAGCUCUACAGCCUUACAAUACCCAAGAAAAUCAAUCUCACUCAACAAAUAUCAACCAUCCUUCUAUUAUAUCAGAUUCUAAACAGAAAAUUUCUUUGGUAGUAUUAAACAAAUGCUUAGAAUAUUAAAUUCUCUUUCUUGAAGGUAUCCAAAAUAUUUCAAACCCAUACUGAGAAAUCACUCAUAAUCAUUUGAGAAUAUUUAAGCUUUAGUCUUAAUUUAGUGAGCAUGUAAAAAAAACCCACUAAAAUUCAUAUUUUGGAGGAUUGCAUCAACUGUUAUGGUGUACUGACAGGACAUAAGUAGGUACUUCCUACUUUCUUCUAAAUAGCAAAUUCACAGUAAUUAAAUGAAAAGUACAUGUCACAAUAUCUGAUCAACAUUAACUGGCAAAUUCAUGAAGUAUACCAAAAUACCAUUGAAAAGCAACUAUAUUGUUUUACACAGGCAAUGCAUUAAAUUUAUAUGUCAGUGUUAAUGCAGUUUGCAUUUUAUCAUUACCUUUCACCUUUUUCGCUCUUCUCAUUAAUUCAGUAAGAUACUAUUUGUACUUCAUAUAACACUGCCACGAUAAAAAAAAUAUUUUGUUGUAUAGUAUAAGCAAUUAACAUUUGCUCACUUUAUCUAUUAGAAGGGGCUAUAUAAUUUGUCCACUGUGCCCUUUCUGUGCACCUAAUUAGAAUCAGUGUGAAACUCUAUUCAGGUGAUAAAUAUUUAAUUGGCGGACCCAGGAAGCAAACAAGGAACAUGCUCUGUAUUUUAUACAAUUUUUGCAGUCAUACACAAUUAAUACGCUUUUCACCUAAAAUGAUAUUUUCUCAUGAAAUGCAUUUAAAUAUCUAUGUUAAAUGUUCUUGUUGUGGUCUACAAUAAUUCCAACCUACCUUGUUUACAUUAUAUAUGACUAUAUUUCUGUCUUUAAAGCCCUGUUUGAAGAGCAGGACAAGUGGAGGAUUCUGUCCUCUAGAUUAGAAAUAAUGAUCCUGUGGCAACAUCAAACAUUUUCUACAGGCCACAUUGCUUUAAAACAGGGGUCUCCAACCUUGGUCCCUUUAAGACUUGUAGUCUUCAACUCCCAGAGUUCCUCAGCCAGCUUUGCUUUAAACCACAAGUCUUAAAGGGACCAAGGUUGGAGACCCCUGCUUUAAAAUUCUUUUAAGUGAGAUAUGGCCUUAGCAGUGCUGCCUCAGAUAUUGGAGCAAAAGUUGGAAUAAAUAAUCCAAGAUACCUAGCUAUGCUAUGAUCCCAGUGGAUCAACAUAACUGCUCCUUCCAACAUUUAAUCUUAAAUUCUUACCAGGAGUGCCAAACAUUUACUAUCAAUUAUUGUAUGUAAUAUGCAUUUAUAUGAAUAUUCAAUUAGGAUAUAGAAUUACUAUAUGCAUAAAUUAUGUUUCUGCUUGUUCCUGAUUUUUAUAGAUAAAAAUAUUGUCUGUGUGAGUUUCUAAACUGUAUGACUAGCUAUUUUAUCAUGAAAAUAGAAAAAUGUCUGUUAGAAAUUAUAGGGUAAGGAACAAUUUGACUCCAUAAAAGGUUUGGCCCAUAUCUUCUGCUGGGUCUAAACCUAGUCCCAUAUUUCUAUCAAAGGUUUCUAAACAUUUCCAAUACAAGCCAGGAAACAUCCAUGCUUCUUUAAGUUUAUCAAGCUCUCUUGGGUUUUAUUUGCUUGUUUCUAACAUAUGCCAUUAUAUUUAAGCUGGGCAUAUCACACAAUGCAUUCUUGCAUCAUGGUAGCCUGGGCAAGGUGAUAGCAAUCUCUUACAGUUGAAAAUGUAGACUGAGAAGCAAUGUGCUAGCAUGAUAGAGCACCUGGCAAUGCCUGAGGAAAAGAUAUAUAGCAAAGUUUGUUCUUUGAAAUUCAGAAAUUCAAAUCCAAAAUCUAAAAUUAAUUCAAAACAAGAGUCUUUAAGACAUAGCGAUUUCUGUGUUCCUAGCCUCAGCUGUUAGAAAAUUCAUGGCCUCUAACUAUUGCAACAGUAUAAAUAGCGGAAGAAAAAUUGUGUCAGUGAUUCUGUUGAUUGAAAAGAGUUUGUGCUAAUGUAUACAUCCCUUUGAGUACUGCAUACAAAAUGAUUGUGUCUUAUUAUUACUAAUACCUUUAAGAACUGUGAUAUAAGUUAUUUUCCAGGUUAAAGUCUCAACAAAUAGAAGUUAAAUGUUUAUGUAUCUUCUUUCUCGUAAGAUCAUUUUUCUCCUUGCUUUUCAUAAUUAUACAUAUAACAUGAGCCAGAAACUUUAAAUUAUGUUUCCUUUAAAUUUUAUUUAAUCUAUCUUAUUGCACGUUCCCUGAAGUAUAUUUUGUGCAUUGUAGUGUAUAAAAAUCACAGCAUUUGUGUGAUUGCCCUCAUUACCCCCUCUAUGGAAACAGUUACCUUCCUCUUCCUCCUUCUUCCAUCUGUUGUCAAAAAGCUCAGAAAAAAAUUAGGAUGAUCCUGGAGCCAAGCAGUCAUAGUGAAUUGUAGAUUUGGGCUGAAUAGUUCAGCUAUAUGUAACUCUGGCAGGGGAAAGAACUCCAACAGUAUGCUAAGCAUAUAUGGGAACAACAGAAUUUAUGCCUCCAGGAAGCUUUGCAAUGGAGGCUAUUGUGCAAAACUUGCCUAGAGUUCAGGAGUAUAUUAAAUUAAUAGAGUACCACAUAUUGAUUGUAUGGCUCUCAUUUACUUAAAAGUGCUGUCAUGUGUGUCAAAUCCAACUAAAAAGGUAUGCAUUUUCCAGAAAACCAUUUCCAAUCCUAAUCAACAAGAUGAUUCUUUUUAUUUAACUGCUGUGACACCUGGGUAGAAAUGUAGUCACAUUUUGUGUCUGUGGCCAAGUAAAAUGUUUGCUGUUUCAUAUCCACAUCAAUGCUGGGAUCUUUGCUUUUGAUAUAAUCCCCUGGAUAUAGGCACUGCUAAAUAUUACAUGCUUUUGCUGUCAAUAUUUGUACAAAGCUCAUGUAAACUUUGUCUGUAUCAUUGUGAUGAUUUUAAUUAUGCCACAUUUUGAUUUGAAUUUUGAUUUCCUAAAGACCAUCUCUUACUUUAAAAUAGCAUUUUGCACAGGGAGGGCCACAAAGACUCGCUCACAAUCAUUUGUUUUUUUAAUAUCAACCCUUGAAAGUGGAGAUAUAAAAUAGGCCAGGCAGAAAAAGACUGGUGACAUUGAGAAAUGUGCAAUAGAAGUCUGCAGAAUUAGAAAAGGGAAGAUUGCAGUAAUCUGUGACACAGAUAUGUCUAUGAAUCAUUGUGAAAAAAAGUGUUUUGAAUUGCCGUCUUGAAUUGCCAAUUAAUAUCCUAGAAAGAUGCUAUAUUACUGAUCAAGAAGCCUUUAUGAAGAAAACUUAACAUCAGUAGUUCAUUUCAAUGGCCUGCUAUUUUGCUAUCAAAAUAGCAAAGCAUUUUUCUGCAUUCGGUUUUCCUGAAUGUCUUCAUAGGCUUUCGUUGGACUAAGAGUCCUUAAUUGUAUUAGCACUGCAGCCAGGCUACAGGCAUAUCUGACUGAGAUGGUGUGGGGUUUCCUGCCUGGGCAGGGGGUUGGACUAGAAGGCCUCCAAGGUCCCUUCCAACUCUGAUGUUAUGUUAUGUUAUAUCCCUGUUUUUUUUUCUUUUGUUUAAUAAUUUUUCACAGAAAUUUAUUUGGGCCUGUAAAUAUUUUUGAUGCUGUUACUGAUACUUUAUAUACUGAAACUUUGCCAUCUACCCUAUUCAAAUGCUGAUAUGUUCUGAACAAGGGCACUAUAUAUUGUUUCAUUGUUGUUUUUUGCAUAUGGAAUCUAAGUUUUAAAAUAAUCAAAAACCAUUGUCAUAGCUGUGUUGAAGAAAGAGACUCUGAAGAACUGUAAUAGUGUGAUGAUUUGUAAGUAAAAUAAUUUCUGUAAUAAAUAAUAAACACUAAUAAAACUA